AUGGUUCUCGAGGCGGUCAUGGUUGUCGUUGACAACAGCGAGAGCAGCCGAAACGGAGACUACCAGCCCACGCGUUUCGACUCACAAGUAGACGCCGUCAAUGUCUUGUUCCAGAGCAUCACGCAGGGCAACCCCGAGUCCUCUGUUGGCCUCAUGAGCAUGGGAGGCAAAGGGCCCGAGGUUCUCGUCACUCUGACAACGGAGCAAGGCAAGAUCCUCGAGGGUCUGCAUCGUACAAAGAAGAAGAUUGGUGGCUCAUCGCAUCUCAAGACGGGCAUCCAAGUAGCUACGCUCGCUCUCAAGCACCGACAAAACCGUUCGCAACGCCAGCGCAUAAUAGUCUUUAUCUGCUCACCGAUUGAAGAGAGCGACAAGGAACUCAAGUUGUUGGCUAAAAAGAUGAAGAAGGGCAAUAUUUCCGUCGACUUUAUUCUGUUUGGCGAUCUCGACGACGACGACACAAAGACAAAGCUUGAAAACUUCAAUGAAGAGGUCAAAGGCAGCGAGGGCUCCCACUUUGUCAUCAUCCCACCCAGCAGCAAGCUGCUUAGCGACCAACUCGUAUCCAGCCCUAUCCUUCUGGGUGAGAACGCGUCCAGCGGCGGUGGCGGCGGUGGCGGCAUGGGCAGCGGCAACGACGAGUUCGAGUUUGGCUUCGACCCUGCGCUAGAGCCCGAGCUGGCGCUUGCCCUGCGCAUGAGCAUGGAAGAAGAAAAGGCGCGACAAGAAAAGCGUGCGCGCGAGGAGCAAGAAGCCGCCACCAAAGCAUCGCUCGAGGGUGUCGCAGAGGAAGGUGAGGGUAGCGGAAGCAAGAAGGACAAGAAGGAUGACGGCGACAAGAUGGAUACGUCCUGA